AUGUCGGACGAUACAAAGGGAAAGGCAUUUCCUGGUGUCUCUGCCAAACUCUCCGCACUCCCAAAGAAAUCGCUAUUCGAACGUCAGAAAGCUGAUGCUGAAGCUAAACGCGCCCGCGAAAAAGCCGAAACCGCCGCCGUGUACGAAGACUUUGUGAAGUCAUUUGAAGAUGAUGUGCCUGAAGGCCCUCGAGCUUCAGAUGGGCGGCCGAACACAUUUGGAGGAAGGGGCGGUGCAUUCGGAGGAGGUCCUCCCCGACGACACUUCACCAACUCUGGACCACGCAGUAGUGGCCCAGGAAGCCUAGGACCACCACCGCCGUCGCUGUCUCGGAAGAGACCUCAUGAGGGGUAUGUGGCACAGCCACGCGGCCGGGACACUGCUCAAGGAGUGUUGGGAUACGACCAUUCAGGGCCUGUUUCAUCUGGAUCCCCGCUCGGAUUCCGCAGCCCUUCGGAUGAUGAAGAUGAUCGGACUGCUGAAGCAAAGGAGGCCGAGAAGGCUGCCGCCAAACCUACACUAUACCUCGCAUCACUUCCUCCCGGGACAUCGCCGUCUGUUCUGAAAUCAUUGAUCACCUCCCCUCUUGUCGUCGGGAACGUCCACAUCCUCCGCCCGCAAAACCAAUCCGCAACAGAGCGAAAAUCAGUGGCUGCAAUCAUUACCCUUGCUAGUGAUUCGGCAGCCUCAGAUAUUGAUAGCGCCGUGAGCUCGCUUCAAAACAAGUAUCUUGGCCGGGGUACUAUCUAA